AUGACUGCAUCCACGGCCCUCAGGCCCUCCUCUCGCCUAGCUGACGAUGUCAAUCCGGAACCGGGCCCGGGGCCGAGCCCAAGCCCGCUCAGCCGGCUCGCAGACCUUGCCGCCAUCGAGGCACGCAUCUCCCAUCUCGAACACUCGACACUCUCCCCGGCGUCAGCCGCCCAAGCCCCGGUGGCAACUCCACAGCCCAGUGUCGUGGCGGCUGCUGUCCACGCCUCGACUGCUACUUCGGUGCCACUUUCCCGGAGCACGCCCGCAGCAGCCUUGCUGGGGACCUUUGCCGCGCCGUUGCUGACUCGGACCGACCACAGCGCCUCGGCCGUGGCCGCAGAGCUGGAAGUGGACGAGCCGGCACUCGAUCUGGACCGUGAGACGCACGAGGCCCUCCUACGGACGUAUGAGGCCAAGGUGCAGUGGCGGUAUCCCUUCCUGCGGCUGCACCAUCUGCGGACCGGCAGUCACACCAGCAGCAGCCGCAGUAGCAGCCGGAGAAGACCAAGGGAGCCUGGAGCCGCCUUCUUCACAGCCAUGGUCUACUCGAUCAGCCUGCUCGUGGACAAGACUCUGGCCAACCUAGGCGGCACCGCGGCUGGCCUCCACGACGAGUACUACCGCCUUGCCGUCACCCGCCACCUCGCCGCCGUCUUUGAGCAGCCAGACCGCCUGCUGCAUGUCCAGGCCUAUCUUGUGCUGGCUAUGCACGCCGUCUACUCGCCCUCUACGGAGCGCAUAAUUACUCUCGCGUCCGCCGCGAUGCGUGCCUGUGUCAUGGCCCAACUCCACUGCGCCGCCGCCGAGCCGGAGCCGUCCGACGUCGCCGCCCGGGUCCACAUCCAGAUGCGCCGCCGCGUCUUCUGGUGUGCCUACAAGCUCGACCGCACCGUCGGGGCCACGUUCCACCUGCCCUGUGCCGUCUCGGACUCCCACAUCACCGUCCGCCUCUAUGCCAACGUCGACGACCCCGACCUCGAGCAGCACUGCAGCCGGGCCACCACCGUGGGCAGUGCAGCUGGGAGCGGCGGCGAGGUCCGGGGAGUCGACCGGCUCACCGACGUCUCGGCGGCGCUCCACGUCGUCUACUGCCGCCAGAUCCAGAGCGAGAUCCUCAACUUCACCCUGCACCGCAACCACGCGGCCCACCACCGCCACGACGACCGCUGGCGGCUGCGCGUGCUCGACAAGCUGGACCGCUGGCGGGUGCUGUGGCAGCGCUACGAGCAGCCUGGGAGCGGCACCAACACCAGCGGCACGGGCAACUGGGACUGGAUCGACAUGAUGUACAGCUACAGCCUGGGCAUGCUGUACCGCCCAACCAAGACGUCCGUGUUCGACUCGGCCGGCGCGUGGACCGUCAAGGCCAGCGUCCAGGCGCUGCUCAUAUUCCGCCGCUUCCAGCGCGACACGGCCAACACGACCGAGCUCUGGCUGGGGCUCGUCACGCAGUUCAAGUGCGGCGUCGCCCUGCUGUACACCUUCUUCGCCACGCCUCCCGCCCUGCGUCCGCCGGUGUUCGAGCACCCAGAUGUUCCCGAGGCUGUCCGCGCCUGCAGCAUCACCUUGACCCUCAUCGGCGAGCGCUGGCCCCAGUCCCGCUGCCUCCGGGAUACGUUCGACCUGCUCGCCCGCGAGGUGCCCCUGACCGAGCACGCUUUUGCUCGGCACUACUCGACAUCCUCCUCCGCAGCCGCGGGACCCAUGUCCGCCGCCUCGACGGCCUCGAGAUCACAGCAUCCGUUGCCCGCGGCGGUGCCGGCCCGUCCUCGCGUCCGGGACGAGGCCCGCCGCGCCCUCCUCGAGCUGCUGGUGGACCUCGAGCACAUUGUCGUGCACCGCGACACGCUGCGCAUGAUCCGCGAGAUGGCGACCGAGGAGUUCCCCGUGUAUGCUCUCGAUGCCACGGCCGGGUCCGCACAUCCCGUCAUCCCCGGCGAUAUCGGCCCCAUGGCUGCCGAUAGGGAUGGCCUGGGCGGCGGCGGUGGAGGCAUGGCUACAGCGUCACGCGCGGCGGCUGAUGGACCAGGAGCACAUGGAGCAACAGUGGGGGCAGGAGGCAGUGGAGCAGGAGAUAGGAGGACAGAAGCACAGCAGGCACGAUCACAGGAGCAGGAGCACGAGUUGCCAGAGCACUUUUUCCAGCCGGCGACCCCGUCGGGGCUGUAUUUUGAUGGGCUGGGACUGGCAGACGAGAGCCUGGCCGAGACGGCCAUCGAGUACCCGACGUAUCUCGACACGUUUGACUUUUCAGACCCCUUCAGGUUGUAG